UGUACACGCAACACCACCAGAUACAAUGGAAGACAUGGUGUCGUCCUCUGAGUCUGUUUGCUUUAUCAUCAAGUGGAAUGGCUCUGAGUAUCCAAUCAACAUGCCAGGGACAGAUACAGUUGUGGAUCUCAAGGUGGAAGUGGCCCAGUUGACAGGGGUAGAAACACAUCGACAGAAAAUACUGGGGUUGAAAUUAAACAGAAAGCCAGCGCCCGAUGAUGCCCAAUUGCAGACCUUAAGUAUCAAACCAGGAUCGAAGGUGAUGAUGAUGGGUACACGGCCUGAGAACAUAAUCGUUACUCCGGAGGAGAACUACGAUGACAAUGUUGUGAAUGACUUUGAGAUCGACAGUGAGGUCGUUGCUGUCGUGGAGAGAACCGAGAACCUGCAGAAGAUCAAGAGGCGAGUGGAACAAUAUAAAAUCGACGUUCUCCAAGUGCCGAGGAAAGGAAAAAAGCUGCUUGUGCUCGAUGUGGACUAUACACUGUUUGAUCACAGAUCCGUAGUUGAGUCGUUCCAUCAUCUGAUGCGGCCAUACCUCCACGAAUUUCUCGCAGCCGCCUACGACUACUAUGAUAUCGUCAUAUGGUCUGCGACGGGUAUGAACUGGGUGGAAACGAAAAUGAGACUCCUGGGUGUGCUGAACAAUCCGAGCUAUAAAAUUUCAUUUCUGCUAUGCGCACGAGCUAUGAUUUCCGUCGAGACAGCUAAGAGGGGAGUGGUGAACACCAAGGCAUUGGGUGUUGUCUGGGGAAAAUUCCCGGAAUUCUAUAACUCGAAACAAACUAUAAUAUUCGAUGAUAUACGAAGAAAUUUCCUGAUGAAUCCUCAGAACGGCUUGAGAAUCAAGCCUUUCCGCGAUGCGAUGGUUAACAGGGCCACCGACAAUACACUCAAGCGACUAGCAAAGUAUCUAGUCCUCAUCGCUGAGUUGGAUAGUCUGGAGGAUCUCGAUCACAGGCAUUGGAAGCAAUACGUGAGGGACAGGACCGGCUGAUUGCGAUGCGCACACCACUAUUUGUGUGCGCAUGUUCUGCUCCAUCUGGCCUCGAUGCAAUAUGAAGAGCACCAAUGCAAGUAUAUCGUCGUCUUAGCCAUGCAUCUACAGUCAACAUAUACAGGAGAUGUGAUCGACUACUUCCAAUUCGUGCGCGCGGAGAGAUCGUCUGGACAGUAUAUAGGUCUUGGGACAUCACAGUCUAGUUCAUGUGUGCGAUUAGACCAGUAUUUUGCAAAGUGACAUAGGACACAAAAACGGAUCCACAACUGCCAUUAUUGAUGAGCCAUGCGAACAUAUCGCAAUACAAUGGUCAGCGCGACACGGUAUAUCCUUUCUUGCUAGCUCGAUACAUUUCGACGCAGAGAAACAAAGGCAGCGGUGUGUGAGAUACAAUUUAUUGAGUCUAAUCAAAGGCCAUGCCUGGUAGCUUACUGUGUAACACCGCGUCGCAUAUUUAAUUUGGGCAGUUUCAGGGGGUAUGUGAGCUGGGCGGUACCAUCCUUGGCAUUCAAUCCGCAACCAAUGGUCUUCAGAAGUGACUUUAUUCUCGGUAGAGUGAGCCUGUAGUGCAAUGCAACACAGAGCCCAGGAAAAGGUAGCGGCAAGGAGACAGGAAGCUUAGCAAGAGGUACAACCAUACUUAAGCAAUCGAGAGUGCAAUGUGGAAUAUGUUGCUUCACCACGGUACCCCACACACACACAUGCAUACACUUAAAUACUCAAGUGGGGCCUUGCGACAUAAACUGAGAAGGCGAUUACUUCACCAAGAACAUACCUGAGAUCUUUGGCAAGAUCCUUAUACGGUAAGCUGAAAUCAGUCAAGUGCAGGGAUAACGCACAGAUGUGUGCAGCGAGCUGUACAAAUCAAUAAUGAUACAUUGUAAAUGGAAACACAUUGUAAAUGUAAAUACAUUGUAAAUGGGAACGAGAUUAAAAUUCAGUGUGAAACCAUACGACUUAACAAGGUCGAAUCGGAAAAAUAUGUAUCAAAUAAAUGGCUGGCUAAAGAUAAC